AUGCCAUUCAGCGCUGAAAGGUCCCUGGAGAGAAAUGAUCUGAAGAUGCUGGUCAAUGAUACCUUCGCCGGACUGGGCCAACUUAAGAAUCUGAUUCUUCAGGACAACGGCCUGGUUGGAUUUGAAGAUGGGACGUUUGAUGACCUCAUUUCCGUGGAAUCGUUGUGUCUCCGUGGAAAUAACCUGCGGGAAUUACCGCCAUCUGGAGGCUUCACGGAAAUGGCUAAGCUGGAAUACAUAUAUUUCGACGAGUUCCAGCAAUGCGCGCUUGCGCUCCACGUGCGCAUUUGUGAACCGAAAGGCGACGGCAUCUCCUCUGUAGAGCACCUCCUUGAUAGUCUAGUUCUCAGAGUAAGCGUGUGGGUCAUGGGUCUCCUGGCGUGCGCGGGAAACCUGAUCGUGUUGAUAGGACGCUUCGUCGUAAAGGAACCCAACCGCGUCCACUCCUUCUACAUCAAGAACCUCUCCUUGUCUGACCUCCUGAUGGGGGUCUACCUCUUCAUCAUCGCCUCCUACGACGCCUUCUUCCGAGGGGCGUACAUAAGACACGAAGCCUCCUGGAGGAGGUCGUGGCAGUGCAAUCUUUGUGGUUUCCUGAGCACACUCAGCUCCGAAGCCUCCGUCCUGACGCUGACGACCAUCACCCUAGACCGAUACUGUUCCAUCGUCCACCCGCUGACCCUGAAGGAGAGAACCCUCAGGGUGGCUUGGGCGGUCAUGGCCGUGACCUGGCUGCUGGCUGCCCUUCUGGCGCUGCUGCCCCUCUCGGGACUCCCUUACUACGGCGACAACUUCUACGGGAGCAACGGGAUGUGUCUUCCUCUCCACAUUCACGACCCUUACGCCAAGGCGUGGGAGCACUCGGCCAUCAUUUUCAUAGGCCUAAACCUGAUGGCGUUCAUGUUCAUCGCCUACGCCUACUGCAGGAUGGUAUUCGCCAUCCAUGAGUCCCAGAUGUCGCUGAGGUCAACGCAGGAGAAGCAGGACAGGAUUCUGGUGAAGAGGUUCGCCUUCAUAGUGGGAACCGACUUCCUCUGUUGGAUGCCUGUUAUCAUUAUCAAGGUUAUGGCGCUGGCUGGUGUCGUCAUUGACCGAACUUUAUAUGCCUGGCUGGCCGUGUUCGUCCUUCCAGUGAACUCAGCCUUGAACCCCAUCCUCUACACUCUGGCUACAAAGAUCUUCAAGCAACAGGUUGUGAAGAUGGUGUUCAACAUGAGCAGAUGGCCUGUCCCAUCCCCCAGAACGGCUACAGAGUCUAAUCCAUCAAAUUCGUACGUGACCAUGUACAGAGGACGAUUUCCAUAUACGCAGCAAGUGUUAAAUGUGUGUAAUGCAAUUCAGUGCACCAGUAUACGUACAUGUCGACCAGAACGGCGUCUCUAUGGUCGCACAAGACGAGACCGGGAGCGGGAGGUGCACUCUACUCCCCACAGAACGUACCACCUCCUUGCACGUGUCCCCCUGCGUGUGAUAUCUAAUUAUAAGGUCUUUUGA